AUGUCUAAGAAGAUUGUGAUCAGAGCCGAUCUCGUCGGCAAGAAGUGCACGAGUGGGAUCCUGUCAAUCGUUUCCAAGCUCGAGGGGAUCAAGUCCAUGGUGGUCGACGACGACAAGUGCACGCUGACGGUGGUCGGCACCGUGGACCCGGUGUGCGUGGUGCACCAGCUGAGGAAGUCGUGCUACGCCGCGUCCAUCGUCAGCGUGGAGGACGACAAGCCCAAGGAGAAGAAGACCCCCUGCCAGGAGGCCUGCGAGAAGGCCUGGAAGGACAAGUACGAGAAGGCCUGCAAGGAGAGGUGCGAGAAGGCGUGCAAGGAGCCGUGCUGCGACGACUGCGGCGAGAAGGGGACGCCGUACGCCGGCCACGGUUUAGAAAAAUGUCAAGAAAGAUUAAGAAACUUGAGGAAAAAGGUUAGAGAGUGGAAUAAAAAUGCAGAUGCUUGGUACAGAAAAAUUAAGAUUGAAAUCAUUGGCAAGCUGGAUGUCAUAGAUAAGAAUACUGACGUCAUGGGGCUUACUAUUGGAGAUAGAUAG